AUGGCCAAGGGAAUUGUUAUCGAAAAGAUGUAAGUUUGUUUUUGUUAUGUUGUUCUUUACUUUAGGCUUGAAGUUUGGACGAAAUUGAGGGGUUUUGGACGAUAUUACACUUGAUUGGUCUUAGGUUCGAAAAUGCAGUAAUUUUUGGGGUUUUUGAGAAGUCAGGAAAACGAAAGUUCUGGGAUUAGUUUAAGCAGAAUCUCCUUGUUAUUUUAAGCCCAAGAUCAAGUUUUUAGCGUGAAAAUUAGCUUUAAACUAUACUUUUCUGAGUGUUAUCAUGUGUAAUGUAAAACUUGGAAUUUUGAGUUUUUUUGAAACAUUCAGAAUCAAAGUUUUACUGUCAUUAGUUUCUUUUAAUUAUGGUUGUUCUUUUAAGUCUAAAUUUACGUUUUUACUCGAAAAUUUAAUUUGUAAAUUCGAUGUUCUUAUAGGCCAAGUAUAAUAUAUUUUAUGAAAUAUUUUCAGUGGUGUUGAAGCUAAACAGCCUAACUCUGCCAUCAGAAAGUGUGUCCGUGUCCAAUUGAUCAAGAACUCAAAGAAGAUCACCGCCUUCGUACCAAAGGACGGUUGCUUGAACUUUGUUGAAGUAAGUUAACAUAAAUAAUAUUGUUUUUGAUUGAUUUGUUGGGUCUUUAAGGUAGUUCUAAUUUGUAAGAGAUGAAUAUUCAUGAAUUGUAAAUUUUAGAAGCGAUUUUUGUUUGAAAAUGAUGUUGUGGGAUAUGAAGUCAGUAAAAUUUGAGUAAAAAGCUCUUAAGGUCCGAAGCUUUAUCUUAGCUAAUAUAUAUUGUUUCUGUCCUAAUGUUACUCUCUUUCAGGAAAACGAUGAAGUUUUGGUAUCUGGUUUCGGUCGUUCAGGUCACGCCGUCGGAGAUAUUCCCGGUGUUCGUUUCAAGGUUGUUAAGGUCGCCAACACUUCCCUCAUUGCCUUGUUCAAGGGAAAGAAGGAACGUCCACGUUCUUAA